UUCUUUUAAACUUUAAAGGAAAUUUAAGGAAUAAGUUAAAAAUAGAAUAGUGAUGCUGUAGAAAGCUCCACUUAAUUAAAUUAAUACCUGAAGGCGCGAUCUUAAAAUUUGUGCUACCAAAUGUUACUUUGUGGUUUGAUGUUUGCGGCAGCUUGUCCUUGAUCCUUUUUCCUUUUUUCACUUUAGUGGCAGUUCCUUAUCAGGACCGCAGCCGAGCCACAAGGCCCACAACCGUACAAAAAUGUUGUCACUAUUGCUUCCGCCUUCGCAUGCGCGUCUGGGUGUUUGUUGUGGUUUCUCCGGUGAGAUAUUUUAUUUUGUUAAGUACUUAUUUUUGUGAUUUUGACGUACAGUUUCAAAUUCCCUUAAUACAGUAAGUACCUCUCACGUACCACAUGGUCCUUAUUUGGUUGCUUUCUUAUAUAAUAAUAGAAGUGUAUAAUUGGCGGGGUAACCGCCAUAAGAUUUGCAUGCGCGGCGUGCCCGGUAUGGUAAACCAAUGAUCGAGAUCCCCUUCAGCUUGUACACCGGUUUCGACGGAAUGAUCCUUGGCGAGCUUCGUAAUCGCUAAGCAGACGUGUGCGUCCAUCUUGCGAAAUUUGAACCUCACAAGAAAUGUCCGAUUCCGGAGGCGCUGCAUGGACAGCGCUGUGUCCGCGGUUCGGUAUUAUCAACACGAGCUUCGCGACAGUCUGGGACUUUGCAGGCAAUGACUUUCCGUUUUGCUAUGAGAGAAUAUUUUCAGUGGUUGUUCACAUGGUAUUUCUUAUUGUAAACGCAUACUAUAUUGCGCCGACACGCAUUGUCUAUGCCGAAAAUUUCUUUGGUUGGGGCUCCACAAGAAACGCUCACCGUCUUGUCGUUGCAACAUGGAUUCUGCGAAUUCUGAUUUCGGUCAGUAUUAUUGCAGCCAGCGUGAUUUCUAUGGCUCUGCAACUGGUGGCGUGGCGCGAUUGGAAUGCCUUUGGUUUGGUUGGGUAUGUGGAUUUCGGUUUAGUGGUGAUCUCAUGGAGUGUGCAUGUAGUUGUUGCUUAUAAUUUAUCCAAGAAAGGAAAACACCGCGGCGUUGUGGAUGGCAGUGAUACCUGCGCUAUCUUCCUGUCUUGGUUUCCGGUUUUCUUAGUGUCCAGUGUGGAGUUCCGUUCCGCAGUGCUACAUCACAGUCCCAAUGUAGUUUCGUCCAUAGUCACCAUGGUGACUUUUGGUCUUCAUGUAUUCUACAUUUUCUCAACGGUGCUUCAUAUAUACAGCACAUGUUUGUUUGUUACUUCACCAUUCGAUUCGGAGGAGCGUGCACGCACACCACCUGACGAAGCCGAUAAUGAUACUGCACGGCUGUUAAAUGUGAUGCCAGAAAGAACAUCUCUCGUGCCUCGACUUGGUCCACCGAAUACAUGGGGCAUAUUGCGCUUUUUCUUGUUUUUAUGGGUCGACCCAUUGAUGGAAUAUGGUGCGGAGGGCCAUUUGCAGAAACCGGAUGAUCUCUUUGAAUUACCUCUCAAAUUAAAAGCGGAUUUGCAUGCCGAAGCCCUGCAGAAGGCGUUGGCGAAGAAUUUGAAAUCGUCCAGAUUUUAUUUACAGCAAAUUAUUCUACGCAUAUGGGGUGGAAAAUGGUUGUUGUUGGGGGUGAUGAAGCUGGCUUAUUCCUUUCUGCAGUAUUGUUCGCCGUUGUUUGUCAAUGUGCUGGUGGCGUUAAUUGAGCAACCAGGAUCGCAGCCGGAUUAUCUCGGAUAUGUGUAUGGAUUGGGCCUCAUUCUGGUCAAUCUAAUUUCCAACAGUGUACAAUUGCACUAUGCAUUUCAGAUGGAAAAACUUGCAUUGUGCAUUCGCGGUGCCUUGAUGGACACGGUAUACUACAAACUGGUGCAGGUGCACGCUUCGGCCCUGAACAACAACAUGGCGGCGGGACAUGUUGUUAAUCUGGUCGGCACUGAUUGCCAGAAGGUUUCUGACAAUAUCCAGUACCUCCAUCAGUUAUGGGCACUCCCGCUGCAGAUGGCUGUGGCGCUGUAUCUUCUCUACCAGCAAGUUGGCUACGCCUUCAUCGGUGGGGUCAUUUUUACCGUUCUUCUUGUCCCACUCAAUCAGCUUAUUGCCAGCAAAAUAUCCCGACAGGUUGAGCGCAAUCUCAAGGAGCGCGAUGCUCGUGUGAAACUGAUGAGUGAAGCACUGAGUGCCAUUCGGGUUAUUAAGUAUUAUGCCUGGGAAAAAUGGUUCAGUGCCCGAGUGGACGCGGUCAGACAAAGGGAAAUGGCCACCGUGAAAAGUAUCAAAUACUUGGAUGCCUGUUGCGUGUAUUUUUGGGCCACUACGCCGCUUAUAAUGUCGGUUCUGACAUUUGUGACGUACGUAUCGUUCGGCAAACAGCUGACCGCCGCCAAAGUUUUCACCUGCCUCUCCGUUUUUGGCCUUGUGUACGCUCCUCUCAACGCCAUGCCUUGGAUUAUUACCGGUACAGUGGAAGCUUGGAUAUCCGCUAAGCGACUGCAGCAGUUCUUUCGGCUUUCGGAUAUCGACCUCAAAUCGUACUACGCAGUGAACACCGAUCUCAUAGUGAAUCCUGUGGCCAACAUUUUGACUGUCCACGACGCUAGUUUCACAUGGACCGGGAAUGAAAGCAACGAAAUUCUUUCCGAUAGUUCUGUCGUAUCACCCACUCCGCGAGAACCACUGUUGGCUGUCCGCAACCAGUUGGACGGUAUAACACUGGAGAUCCGACGCGGAGAGCUGAUUGGAAUCGUGGGAAAAGUCGGUUCCGGAAAGACGUCGUUAUUGCAUGCUGUCAUGGCCGAACUGUAUCGGACGGGUGGCAGUAUCGAGAUCUCGCAGAAUACGAUGGUAAAUGGAUUUGCCUACGUGCCGCAGGAUAAUUGGUUGCAGCAGGGCACGGUGCUGUCAAAUAUUAAAUUCUCACUGACCGACGUCCAGCCGGAAGGUUUACAGAAUGUUAUCGAUGCGUGUGCACUGACACAUGAUCUGGAAGAGCUGCCGCAUGGAGCUUUGACGCAGAUUGGGGAUCAGGGAGUGACAUUGAGCGGAGGACAGAAGGCCAGAAUUGCGCUGGCGCGGGCCGUUCUGCAGGAUAAAGAUAUCAUUCUGAUGGACGAUCCGUUUUCUGCAGUGGACGCCCAAGUGGCCAACCACAUUUUUGACAAGUGUGUUUUGGGACUUCUCAAAAAUAAGACUCGCCUUCUUGUGACUCACCAUUUGGAUUUUCUGCGCGCGAUGGACCGCCUGAUAGUUAUGCAAGAUGGACAUAUUGUCGAGAAUGGUCAACCGCUGGAAAUUCUGUCCAAGCUGACUGGUUUCGGGCCUAAAUGGCCGGGCAGCACUGGCGAAAAAAGUGUGAGUGGUGUGGAAGGUGUAUCGGGAGUGCUGUCCGACAUCUCACAGGCAACCUCCAGGAGAACCAGUGUGCAGGAACCCGAACCUCGAGAAGCACCGGUCCAAUUGGUGCAGGAAGAGCAGCGAGAGUUUGGCAGCUUAAAAUUGUCCGUUUACCGGCAGUACUGGCAGGCGGUGGGGAAUUUCUGGAGCAUUGCCGUGUUUGUUUCGCUUUUCUUGAUGCAGGCGUCCUACAACGCCACGGAUUGGUGGCUGUCCUACUGGGUUACGCAUGAACGUAUUGUGGUUAAUACUACAACCAACGAAACCCAAUCGGAUGUUAAUUACUAUCUAACCGUUUACGGAAGCAUUGGAGCUGGCAAUUCUUUCUUUGCCCUUAUUCGAUCAUUUGUUUUUGCAUAUGCCGGCCUACGUGCUGCCUACCGUAUGCAUGACAGUUUGCUCAGUAAGGUCAUGCGCGCCAAGAUGAUGUUUUUUGAUACGACUCCAUCGGGAAGGAUUCUGAAUCGUUUUGCCAAAGAUGUCACAUCGGUGGAUUCUCAGCUGCCGUUUAAUGUUAACAUUUUGUUGGCCUGCAUAUUCCAGCUGGUGGGCAUUCUGAUUGUGAUCUGCUAUGGACUGCCUUGGUUUAUUAUCGUCCUCGUUCCCAUUAUUCCGCUCUAUUUUUUUAUUCAGCGCUUUUAUCGCAGUACGUCUAGGGAAAUUAAAAGAGUUAGCACGCUUGCCCAGUCUCCGAUUUUUGGCCUGUAUGCGGAAACUGUUCAUGGAUUGUCCACAAUUCGUGUGAUGCGAGCCACGGAAUUUUUCUAUAAAAAGUACAAACUGCUAUUGGAUGAUUAUCUGCGCUCACAGUUCGCGGAAAUCGCGUGCAACAAGUGGCUAUCCAUGCGUUUGCAAUUGUUGGGAAUAGUUAUCGUCAGUGGUGUGGUGGUUAUUGCGCUUCUAGUCAAAUCGGCAGCAGGAGUUCUUGGUUUAACUGUUUCGUAUUCUCUUACAAUUGUGGGAAUUCUCAACGGAUUUGUCAUGUCCUUGAUCGAAACAGAAAAGGAACUUGUUAGCGUUGAGCGCGUCAUCCAAUAUCUCGAUGAUAUUGAGGAGGAAAAAUACGACGGCCUGUUGCAAGCUCCACGGGACUGGCCACAGCUGGGCGCCGUAGAUUUUAAUACUGUCAGCUUGCGAUACCGAAAUGAUCUUCCUCUCGUACUGAAGGGCAUCAGUCUGCAGAUUCCUGCCGGCAAACGAAUUGGUGUGGUGGGGCGCACAGGUGCGGGAAAGUCCUCCUUUCUCGCCACGCUUUUCCGUGUGGUGGAAAUUGAGCAGGGUGCUGUGUCGAUUGACGGUGUGAAUCUGGCUACACUGCCUCUGGAGCAGUUGCGAUCGCGCUUGGCCAUCAUUCCGCAGACCCCCAACCUGUUUGAUGCAUCUAUUCGUGAGAACAUCGAUCCUUUACACCAACAUACCGACGAAGAAGUGUGGGCAGCCAUCGAUUUAUGUGAUUUGAGGGAUCCCGUUGGGAAACUGGGAGGGCAUUUGGACGUUAUGUUGGGUGAAAAUGGCAGAAAGUUGUCACUGGGACAGAAGCAGCUUGUAUGUUUGGCGCGGGCCAUAAUGACCAAAGCCAAGGUCCUCUGUCUGGAUGAAGCUACAGCCAGCAUAGAUUAUGAAACCGACCAGAAAAUGCAGAGGACAAUUCGUGAAGCGUUUGCCCAUAGCACAGUUAUUACAAUAGCGCAUCGUUUGCAUACGGUAAUGGACUAUGAUCGUAUCAUUGUGAUGAGCGAUGGGAAAAUUGUGGAAACGGAUAGUCCGUCCAAUUUAUUGCGUAGUCCGUCUUCCCAUUUUGCUAUGCUGUAUCAACAAAGCCAGCGUUCCAUAGCGGAUACCGUGCCAUAGAAUAUUAAUUUGUCGUUGAACGGGUUUGGGUGGGGUAGAUUAUUGGCAGUAACGGUGACCUUUAUAAGACGGUGUGUAUACCUGUUAAUUGUUGAAGUACGGACUGCGAUUUCUAAGUACAGUAACUUGUGCCUUUGGCUUACCGGGAGAUGAUCGUUUUAUGUAAAAAAAUGAAAAAAAAAACUUUAUAAGAUGAAAGAGGUUGAUUUUGUAACGAGCGUUUGUUU